GCUUCGAACUCAUCGACGAGUUGGAGGUUCCGUUUUCUCCGCUAUGAACUCCAUCGUCAAGCUAAACCCUAACCCUAAUUUAUCCAUUUUCUUUCCCACCAAGAGACAAGGAAUCCUUUGGAAUUCGAAGGUCUCGGUGUUCUACAAGCCCUGGAAUCGCCUUCUUCGGUUUUCGAUCCGGCGGCGUGGUGUCUGUACCGUGAGAUCGGCCCUCGAUUCUGCGAUAAUCGAUGAGCUAGGGCUCUCGGAUGCGGAUCUUAGGAACCCAACAAUUUCGACGUCGUACCGGAGGGCUGAGAUCCCACAGCCGAACAAGACGGUGCUGGAGGCGCAGGCCAAGGUUUGCACAGGGCCUGAGCAGACCAAGCCGCUCAGCGAGGAGCAGAUGGUUCGGGUUCUUGAUACCAUCCUCCGAUCAGCUAGGGGAGAACUUAAGGAUGAACCAGUUUCUGAGGCUCAGCUUGGGGCAUUUUUUGGUGCAAUGACAAUUAGGGCAAAUGCUUUUCCAGAGGCCACUCAAUGGACUGAAGGCGAAAGGCGUGCCAUGUAUACAUUCUGGCGGCAUCUUGUUCAGAUUCUUCCUCCAGAUGUUCUUUUUAUAGCAGAUCCUGAGGGCACAAUUAUGGGUCCUGCUAGUUCAAUUGGCCCUCUUUUUACUGGCAAUGGAACUGCUGAGAUGAGAUUGGUGGGUGCUCUGAGGGAAGUUCUGGCUGGUGGUCAUCUUGGUUAUGAGGAAGUUCAAGGUGUCCUUCAUGAUGUUCUUCCACUAGUUUGUGAAAAUGGGAAGUCAAAUGUGAGUGAGUCUUUGCUCUCAGCAUUUCUAAUUGGACAGCGUAUGAACAGAGAAACUGAUCGUGAGCUUAAAGCAUACUGUCUAGCAUUUGAUGAAGAAUUGGGUUCUCCUAUUGCUGAUGUUAGAUCCUUGACGCAUUAUGGUGAGCCAUAUGAUGGGAAUACACGCUUCUUUAGGAGCACAUUGUUUGUUGCUGCCGUGAGAGCAUGUUAUGGUGAAUCUUCGCUGCUCCAUGGUGUGGAUUGGAUGCCACCUAAGGGAGGAAUAACAGAAGAACAGUUGCUAAAAUUUAUGGGUGCAAACACCCUCUUGGUUCCAACACAGGCAAAAAUACUAUUGGAGGAUGAGGAUGUGGGCUUUGCAUAUGUGAGUCAGCGAGAAGCCUGCCCAUCUUUAUAUUCACUUGUAAGGCUAAGAGAGCACAUAAAAAAGCGCCCUCCAUUGGCAACCUCUGAGAAAAUUCAGCAGUUUGUGAGGGCCAGCGGGAAGGAAGCUAUUGUUGCUGGAUUUUAUCAUGAGGGUUAUGAAGACUCCCUCUUGAUGCUUAUGAGAAGAAGAAAAGUACAUUCAGGUUUGGUUGUGAAGGGAGAGGAAGGUGCCCUCUCAAUGACGACAAAGACAAAGUCAGUCAAUGCAUCAAAAGGCCUUCCAGUAAAUCAUUGUUCAGGGUUUCGGUCGCCGAGUACAACACUCGAUGGAAUUUCGCGAGAGACUUUCCGUGUCGUGGUUAAUCCUCAAGAAUAUGGUUUCACACCAACAGAUACUCCAAGAACUGACAGAUCGGUGUUGAAAAACAUAGAGUUGGGUUUAAAAGCGCUGGGUGGUGAGAAAGGGCCAGCAUAUGACAGGAUUGUACUCAAUGCUGGAAUGGUGGAUCACUUGUUGGGCUGCAGUGGUGCAGAGGACAUUCAAUCAGCCCUGGAAAGGGCAAGAGAAGCCAUUGACAGUGGCGCAGCUCUAAACAGGCUCAUGAAUUACAUUAAGAUCUCUCACCGAGUGAAGUGAACCAGUCCCCAACUACAACAGGUUUUGUCCUACUUUGAAAUAUGCAAAGUCAAAUUUGUCGGGUGAUUAGAUUACUCCUUUUGUUUUUUCUUGUUCUUUGUAGUUGUUUAGAUAAUAAUACCCAAAUGACAUUGUUCUGUGAAAAAAAAGGCUAAGAAAUGUCUUAGGUUCUAAAAGCUUC